UUGCAAAGUACCGUACAGACUCCAACGUACUGCUGCAUACAUUGUGUGACGGCUGCGCUUCCUUAAAUCGGUAAUCACACGACGGAGCUGGGAGAAUGGCGGCCGACGAAGCCAAGCGCAACGCGGAAGCGCUGGUCCCCAAGUUUCAAUUUGAGCGCGUUCUGAAGCAAGACGAGGGAGGCCGCCGCAUCCACCUCUACGGCCAUGUCGAGAACCAACCCGCCCUCCUCGUCCUCGAACGAGCGCCCUUCCCCGACGCGCCAGAAUACCUCUCUGCCCUCCCAGCCAACCUGCGAAGUCUGACGAACCUGGGAAACAACGACAUAUACUCCUGGUUCCUGGGCAGUGGCGGUCCAGUGCUCCAGGAGGACGGGAGGGACAAGUUUGCAGAUUACAAGAUCGACCUGGUCUGCCCUUGCACGGACAAGCACAUCAAGAAGCACUCGAAACAAGGCCACCGACUGGUGACCGAAACGCCAGAGAUAUAUCGGGACAAGGUACGGCCAUACAUGCAGACCAACAGGGACGAGGGUCGCUUGAACUGGGUCUACAACAUCAUCGAGGGGCGGAAGGAGGCGGAGGAUGUCAUAUAUCGGACACCCCUAGGUCGCGACGGGGACGAGGGCUUCCUCAUGCUGCCAAACUUGCACUGGGACCGCGAAACCAUCGAGGCGCUCCAUUUACUAGGCAUCGUCGAGAGGCGCGACUUGUGGAGUUUAAGGGACCUGAAGAAGAAACACAUACAAUGGCUCAAGCACAUGAGGGCCAAGAUGAUCGAUGCAACUGUGCAAAAAUACCCGCAGAUCGAGCAGGACCAGCUCAAGCUCUUCUUCCACUACCAACCCACCUACUUCCACCUCCACAUACAUGUAGUCCACGUCAAUCUGGAGGGCACGUCGACGCAGUCAGUGGGCAAGGCGAUCGACCUGGACAGCGUCGUCGAGCAGCUGGAGAUGAUGCACGGUGACGACGAGACGGGCAUGGACACGAUAUCGCUCGGGUAUACAGUCGGAGAGGAGUCGGAGUUGUGGACGGAUAUAUUCGAACCUCUCAAGAAGAGCGUCCGUACAGCUUCUCCACAGCAAUGACAAGAUCGCUAACGCCGGCGCCAUUCGGGCAGUCCUUCCAUUCCCCGUUGUCCCUGAUGCAAUAGAUCUCCUC